UGUAAAAAUAAUUCGCGGUUAUUUUGACAUUUGUGUUAUGAGUUUGAAAAAAUGUAUUAAAUGAAUUCUAAUCUAGCAAAUAUAAUAAAUAAUUCAAAAUCACUACAAUUGCUAAAUGCAUAUGAAUCAGAAAGUGAUGAAGAUGAAAAACUGUCAACAUCCUCAACAAAACGAGCAUUGAACGAUCUUCCAGAUGAUAUUCCAGUUAAAAGAAAUAAAUUAGAAAAGUUACCACUUCCCAGUUUUGUAAUUGAAACUGAAAAAAUAAGAGAGUAUGAAGAUGAUCCAUCAUUACAUGGAGGCAGAAUCAGAAAUUUCCCUCACGAGAGAGGCAAUUGGGCAACAUAUAUUUAUCUACCUUAUAAAGGAAAUGAAUAUUUUUCGCAGUUAGUAGACGGUGUAGCCGAUAUAUGUUUACCUAUUACCAAAUUAGAAAUCGUGAACGAUUUUCAUAUAAGUUUAACAAAAACUGUCAUUUUGAAGUAUCACUGGAUUGAAUCAUUUGUGAGUACAGUUCGUACUAAAUUGAACGCAAAUUGCCUUAAAAGAUUUCAGUUAUUCUUCAACAGCAUGGAAGUAUAUACAAAUGAAGAAAAAACACGAACAUUUUUAGGUUUAAACAUCAAUUCUGGCUAUGAUCAAUUAUGUGACGCUGUACAAAUAUUUAAUGAAUGUCUAAAGGAAUUUAAAUUAAAUUCUUUUUAUGAGGAUCCAUCAUUCCACAUAAGUAUACUUUGGUGUGUUGGCGAUAAAAAGAAUGAAUUAAAUGGAAUUUUACAUGAAAUAAAUAAUUUUGUAACAAAUUUUAUGGAUAAAAACUCCGACACUGAUUGGACUAUAGAAGUAAAUCAUUUUAUAUGUAAAACUGGAAAUAAACAAUUUAUAUUU